CAGGCCGCGCGGGCGGGGCCGGGGCGAUGGGGAAUCUGUUCGGUCGCAAGCGGCAGACCCGCGUUACCGAGCAAGAUAAGGCUGUGCUGCAACUAAAACAGCAACGAGACAAAUUAAAGCAAUAUCAGAAAAAGAUUUCUCUACAGCUAGAACGAGAGAGGAUUUUUGCUCGUCAACUACUAAAAGAUGGCAAGAAAGAGAAAGCCAAGUUUCUGCUAAAGAAGAAGCGUUAUGAAGAGCAAUUGUUAGACAAAACUGAAAACCAAAUUAGCAAUUUAGAGCGCAUGGUCCACGAUAUUGAAUUCACACAGAUUGAGAUGAAAGUGAUUGAAGGUCUCAAAAUUGGCAAUGAAUGUUUAAAUAGAAUGCACCAAGUUAUGUCAAUAGAAGAGGUGGAAAGAAUCAUGGAUGAAACCCAGGAGGCUGUAGAGUACCAGAGGCAAAUAGAUGAGAUAUUGUCUGGAAGCUUCACUACAGAGGAUGAAGAUGCUAUUUUAGCUGAAUUAGAUGCCAUCACUCAGGAGCAGAUUGAUCUUCCAGAGGUUCCCUCAGAGCCUCUCCCAGAAAGGAUUUCAGAAAAAUCGCCCAUCAGAGUCAAACCAAAGCCAGAAUUGAUUGCUGCAUCUUAACUCCACUACUACCUGCGGGGUAUCCCUGCAUUGAAUCUCGGAAUCCCAGCAUGCCUGGGGUAUAGGAGGCCUCCCUGCUGGCAUUACCCAGCCAUCCUGGAGCAGGUUUUCUGCACAGAAUGGAAGCUGUAACUGGUUAAUGUCCCCAUAUCAAGGUUAUUUUGUAGCGUGCACACUCCUCCUUUUUGUAACUUAAAUGGGAUUAAACGGUGACUCUUAAACCUU